AUGGUCACUGCAGUGCUCUUUGUCAACAAUGCCACCCCUUCUACUAUCACGGCGUUUCAUGAUCUCAUCUCCAAUGAGUUACCAACGAUAGAAGGAAAGUGGUCCUUUCAACUCAAAAUAUUCUUGAACAACAAAUACUCCAAACCAACCUCCGUGGCUUCCUCUCAAGUUCCAAGCAGAUAUCUUUAUACUUUGCAAUUGUCCUAUCUGCCAGGAAAAGCCAUUUCAAUCAUCAAUAAUACCAAAGCGCUAGUGACAACUACUCAGCUGAAAAAUGAGGAAAAAGCAACUAAUUAUGACCUUGAAGACACUACAGAAGUGGACUCCGUAGAAAACGAUAGGCUAAGAAAUCAAUUCGAAUGUGGAGCAGCUACCGAUGCUACAAGUGAUCCUUGGAACGUCUUCAUUUCGACAAAGUUACAAAGUUUAUGGAAUCUCAAGCAGACAAUCAAGGGAGAGGGAGGAAAUUCAUAUGUCGUGUCAUUGGGUAAUAUUACAGAGUCGAAACAUGAAGUGUUCCGUGUGAGGACUACAAACUGCUUUUUGCAUGGGGUUUUUAAGGGAUUUCUUAUCGAGAUAGAAUCUUUGGAUAGUCUAGAAGGCGAUCAGGACAAUGAGGAAAAGGAAAAAAUUGCCAAAAUGGAUGACAAACAAAGGCUGAUUUAUGAAUUCAGUGUGAAAAUCAAUAAGAUCAAAAGACUCAUUGAGGUGUGUGAUUUUCCCCAGGGGAAAUUGUGCUUUAAUGUAUUGAGUGAUAGUAAGUUGGAUCAUUAUAGUGACCUAUGCCAACAGUAUUCAGAUGCUCUUCAGUUUUGA